AUGGAUACAAUGAAAGAUUUGCUGUCACUUCACUACUUGGACAAUAUGUGGAAGGGAUUCAGAGCACAGAAACCAGCAUACAUUCCAGUGCAUGCAAAGGAUCAAGAAAUCUGCCAGCCAGAAGAUCCUCAUACGGGUUCUUACAACAGCGAAAGGCGCCCCGGGUGGUCUGCUAAAUUCUUCCAACUGUUUCCUUGGAUAACAACAUUAGUCUUCGCUUUAUCCACCUUGUCACUAAGUAUCAAACACGAGCAAGUGACAACAACUUUCUCGUUCUCAACCGGGUGGGCCACUGAUUUUGUUGGAGCACGAAGUCAAAUCGAGGUUCAGGAGGAAGUUUUCAAUGGAAGCCCAGCUAUUGAUGCCAACAAACAUAUAUUCAUCCCUAACCCUGAUCCUAUCGCCUAUGUUGGGCCCCCAAGCAAAGAGAUAGAUGAUAACUGGGAGGAACUCACAUGGGGCCGCUAUAUUCUCAUCACCAAGGAGGAAGCUGAGAGUGCCUGGGGUCAUGACAUCGAAGAAUACUGGGAUCAUGAGAGAGGAGGCUAUGUAGCAGGUCUCGAUAUGUUCCACACGCUGCAUUGCCUAGGAAACUUACGAAAGGCACUACAUCCAGAAUAUUAUGGAAGCGCCGAGAAGGACGCCAAUUAUCACCUACACCAGGAUCAUUGUAUUGAGCAGCUACGCCAGUAUGUGAUGUGCUCCGGCGACAUGACACCUAUUCCUACCAAGUAUUAUCCAGCACUUGGACGAAACUAUGUGGAGUCGGAUCGCCCUCAUACAUGCCGUAACUUUGCUAAGCUACAACAUUGGAUGGUGGAUCGUUACGAGGGACCUUCAGCAGUUAAGUCAGCCAAGGGCGAGUAA